AUGACCCCCAUGCUCUUCACCCCACGGAAAGGCCACACCACCCACGCUGUCCCCGGCGCGGGGAACAUCCUCGCGACCUUCGGAGGCCUCAUCCGACAAAAAUCGCACUCGGAAAACGGCGAAGGGGUAAAAUGGACCCCAACGGCCGAGGUCCUCCUCCUCGACCUCACUGCCUCGCGAUGGACGCGGCUUCAGACCUACGGUGCGUAUCCGAAACCUCGGUGCUAUCACGUAGCCGAGAUCCUCGCGGGGACGACGCAGCUGAUCGUCUUCGGCGGACGCACGACACCGCCGUCAACUGAGAACUCCAGUGCGAUUUCAGACAACGGCGUCCUAAAUGAUCUUUAUACGCUCGACUUCGAGACCGGGAUUUGGCGGAAGAUCUGUAACACCACCGGGGACCUCCCACCGCCGCGCAUGUGCAGUGCUUCCGUCUUCGCGAACGGCAUUUUUCUCAUUUUCUCCGGCGGCAGCUGCGAAUUAGAUCAGGAUUGCCUCGAGUUUUGCCCGGAAACACGGCAUUGGCGGCGAUUUCACCUUGCCAACGAGCCAGCCUGUUCUCGCCCAACGGUGGUUUACGUGGGGGAUCGCUUGUUAUUCUACGGCGGAUGCGAUAACACGAACCACGUGAUGGGAUCAUCUCUCUUGGAGCUCCCUCUGCCGCCGCUCUCGCUCUGCACAAGCUCCCGACUAUGGCUUUUUCAAAACCACACGCUGAGAGGGGCUCUUCAUAGGAUUCAUCAAAAUCCCAGCAUGAUUAUGGGUAGGCAUCAUCGCCAAGGAAGGGCAGAAGUCUCGACGCGCUUCAUCGCCGACAUGCUUUCUUUACAGGAUAGAUCGAGGCCUGGGGUUACUUCUUCUCUUUCCAACAUCUCUAUGACCUCGAAUUCUGUUCGUGUGAUGAGUACGAACGAGAGGGCGGUGUCUAGAAGGGAUAAUAAUCAAAAUAUUUAUACCAACUCUUCGUUAUCGUUCAUGAACCCGCCGCUGAGUAAUAAUUUUCGCAAUGUUGGAGGAAAUGGAGGGGAGAGGUAUGAGUCAAUACAGAAUUUGCCGCCCUACUUAGGUGAAUUUUCACCAGCUCAAGUAUAUCAAUACAGUUAUCUGGAAUAUCCAAUACAUUCUCAUUAUUAUUGCCCGUAUUUUAGGGAACAUCGUCUACUAAACCAUCAACAUUCAUUGCCAGUAUCUCGCUCGACUAGGCAAAGCGAGCUAUCAAGAUUGCUCGCUUUCCUUAUGGAGAGGAGGGAAAGCCCAUAUCUCCUGCGAGGUCUCGCAAUUUUUUCACAAUGUAAUUAUUAA